GCUAAAAAAUCCACCUGCUAGACACGGAUGCGCAUAUUUACCCACUCGGAUUGAGCAGAUAGCCAAUUGCAUUACGCACUUGCCAUGGAUUCCUAUGAGUAUUUUUGCGACAACAACUCUUUAUAAAAAGUCUCAAAGCAGUUAUGACGCCUUCAUCGCUCUCGUAUAUGGAUUUGCAAACCUACUACUUUUUAGCACUUCGACAAUAUUUCAUUUAGUUUCAUUGUUUUAUUACAAAAGGACUAAUUUUUUACAUUCUUUGAAAACCUUUUUAACAUCCAUGUCAUUUUGCAACCCUUUAAUAGCCGAAUUCGACAUCUCCUUCACUUGUGUGAUCGCGUCGCUUCUGAUGCGAGACUUUUCGCCAAGUAAUUCGGGCUUUAUUUGCACUUGGAUUGUAUGGAUUUCCUCAUUUUUUGGCUCAAUUUUCCAGUGUCUUAUUCAUGAGCAGUACAUUAAUCAUAUUAAUUAA